CUUUUUGAGUGUUGCUGACGAGGCGCUGAUAACUAGGAGUAUUGUGGAAGUAACUUUAGCUAGCUGACGUUUACACAAUUUUAGAAAUGUCUAACGCAACACCCGUGACCAAGCCUUCAAACAAAGAAAACCCCCGUGUCUUCUUUGAUGUAGACAUUGGUGGUGAAAGAGUUGGCCGAAUCGUGUUCGAACUGUUUGCUGAUGUUGUCCCCAAAACCGCUGAAAACUUUCGAGCACUCUGUACUGGAGAGAAGGGAACUGGCAAAACCACAGGAAAACCACUCCAUUUCAAAGGAUGUCCUUUCCACAGGAUUAUCAAGCAGUUCAUGAUCCAGGGAGGAGAUUUCUCCAACCAGAACGGCACUGGAGGGGAGAGCAUCUAUGGGGAGAAGUUUGAAGAUGAGAACUUCCAUUACAAGCACGACAAAGAGGGCUUGCUGAGUAUGGCCAAUUCUGGACCCGCCACCAAUGGCUCCCAGUUCUUCAUCACCACUGUGCCCACUGCUCAUCUAGAUGGCAAACACGUUGUCUUUGGACAAGUCUUGAAGGGGUUAGGGCUGGUGAAAACACUGGAGGCCAUAGAGACUAACGAGGACACACCUCUCAAGCCCUGUGUAAUUGCCGAGUGUGGUGAGCAUAAACAUGGAGACAACUGGGGAGUAGCCCCAAACGACGGCUCAGGGGACACCCAUCCAGACUACCCAGAGGAUGCCGACGUUGAUUUAAAAGAUGUUGACAAAGUCCUAUGUGUUGCUGAGGAUAUUAAGAAUAUUGGGAACAACUUUUUCAAGAACCAAGACUGGCAGUCUGCAAUCAAGAAGUACUCCAAAGCUCUCAGGUAUCUGGCAGUUGCCGGUGAUGAGCAGGAGAUUGAGAAAGCCCAGGCGAAGCUGGAGCCCACUGCGGUGAGCUGCAUUCUCAACACCGCUGCCUGUAAACUGAAGAUGCAGCUCUGGCAGGAAGCCAUGGACAGCUGUGACGAGGCACUGGAGUUGAACCAGAAAAACACUAAAGCUCUGUUCAGGAGGGCCCAAGCCUGGCAGGGACUGAAGGAGUACAGUAAAGCCAUGAGUGAUCUGAAGAAAGCUCAAGAAAUAGCACCAGAGGACAAAGCGAUUGGAAACGAGAUGAAGAGAGUCCAGUUGAAAGUGAAGGAGGAAAAGGAGAAAGAGAAGCAAAUCUAUGCAAAAAUGUUUGCAUGAAGAUCAGACAAUCAUUUGAUAAAGUCCACUCGCCAAUAAUGAGUUAUUUCUGUAAGGCAGCUAGCUUCAAUCAGGUCCCAAUUGAAAACCACCAAAGUAUAAUAUUGGCUGUUGUUGAAAGUUAUUUGUGUGGCACACAAGGGUAGCUGAAAAUUAAGUAUGGAGGCAGCUUAACCCUGUCAGCAUUUUGUCUUGAGUAUUUCACUGUAUUCAUUUAUUUGGAGUGUUAUGUCAAUGAUACUCAUGUUUACAAAGAACUACUGUAAUAUCCCUUUGUCUGAAUGUUUAAGAUAAGCCAUAAAAUUGUGGUUGGUUAGUUAAGACUCAUUCUGGAAUUUGCCUACUCCACCUGUAUGCGGUGCAAUUAAAUUCUACCUGAACAUUCAA